GAGAAGCGAUCCCGGCACCCAGUCGGUUUCUUCCGCUAGUACGAAAUUUCACAGCCAGCAGCACCAACAGACAACACGACGGGAACUGUACAGAAAUAAAAUAUAACAUCAAGGAUUUCUCAGGAGGAACUUAAUAAUAUUCGACAAAAUCAAACGUUCAGAUAUCACCGAAAACAUAUCAAUUUGAAAUUGAUAUCCGAUUGAAGCUGCUGCCGUGCUGCUGUUAUUAUUAUAUCUAAAAUGGCUGCCAGUCCUAUGAUUACAAGCGAAUCGACUUCUUCUUCUUCGUUGAGGAAUCGACAACAUUUCCUGGGACUUCGGCUGUCGGUCGCCGCCGUCCUGGUGAUGACCACCUUGCUGAUGGCCGGCUCCGGUGACGCUAUCGACCUCAUGAAAUUGCUCGAUCAGAAACAGCGCAGCUUUAAACGAGCCGGUGAGCCGUGCCAUCCGUACGAGCCGUUCAAAUGCCCAGGCGACGGCGCUUGUAUUUCCAUCCAAUAUCUUUGCGACGGCGCUGCCGACUGUCCCGACGGAUACGACGAAGAUCUACGCCUCUGCACUGCAGCCAAACGACCUCCCGUGGAAGAGACGGCCAGUUUCCUGCAGGCUUUAAUCAGUAGCCAUGGACCGGAUUUCCUCGAGAAACUUUUCGGCGCUAAAGCCCGCAACGCCCUAGAGCCGCUGGGAGGCGUCGAGCGCGUCGCCAUCGCCCUAUCAGAGUCGCAAACGAUUGGCGAUUUCGGCAGCGCCCUGCGUCUGAUGCGCUCCGAUCUGGAACAUCUGCGAUCCAUUUUCGCGGGAAUUCAAAGUGGCGACAUGACAGCGCUGGCCUCGUUAGGCAUCAAAGACGCUGAAUUGGGUGACGUCAAAUUCUUUCUCGAGAAACUCAUCAAAACUGGAUUUCUCGACUAACAAAUAAACUUGUCAAAUCUUUAAUUCCCCCCCCCCCUCUGGCGACCGCAGCCAACAGGCACAAACAAAUAAUAACAUUUUUCCCUGUGUAGCAAAAAAGAAAAAUCCUAUAAUUCAAUGUCUGAAUUAAUUUAGAAAAAUGUCACUGGUUGUUUUGAUUUUCAAUCAUUUCAAUCUAUUCAAAUUAAUUUCAGUCUUCUAUACUAUAUACUAUAUAUAUAUACACAAAAUAAUGUGUGUGUGUGUCAGCAUCGAAAAAAAAAGUGUCCAUUUUUCCUUGAUUUUUCAGUUUUAAAUUUCAUUUAAAUCGACGGAUGUGGGUUCGUUAAUAUGAUUGGUGCCGGACAUCUUUUGACGAUUUCGAAUUGAACCCUCCCAGAAAGAAAAGAGAGAAUUUUAAAACGAUGAUGACAUUUAAUUACGCAUUCAAAAAAACUAUGUAAUCUUCUUCUUCUUCUUCUAACUGUCAUAUCUAUACACACGCACAGCAGGCAUCGUCUUUUUUCGAAAUUGAAUUGGGAAAGAGACAAAAUUAAAAAGUAAUAAAAAGAAAAAUGGCGUGUCACAUAAAUAUAAUAAUAAUCUAAAACAAAACAUAAUAAUAUCUGUCUAUGUAUUUAAUCCCAAAUGAUGUAGAGAUUUAAGACACAUAAUUACAUCUUUUGUUUGAUUGGAAGGCUA